AUGUCAUCAUAUGCAGUACCUGAAUUGAAAAUCUAUCGUAACACUUGGGGAACAGAACUUUACUCUUGUGAUUAUAAACAAGUACUACCUGAAUUACAUCGUCUCAAUUACAACGGUAUUGAAGUCUCACUAGGAGCUUUAAAAUCUUUAACAGAAAACAGUAAGAACCACGGUGACUUCUUAUCCACAUUGAAAGACAAUCAAUUAGACGUGAUCGGCAUAGUCUACACGAACUGGGAAGAUUUUAAACCGAAUACCUAUCGUGAGAUGUCAGUUACACAACAUUUAGAUAAUUUAAAAAAGGAAAUGAUUGAAAUAACAGAGAAAUGCAAGCCACUCUGUGUACAUAUCAAUAUCAUGAGUGGCGCAGAUAACUGGAAUUUACAACAGCAGGAAGAAUUCUUUGGCGAAGCAUUGAAAUUACAGUCUAACUUUAGAGUAACAAGUUCGCAUGAAACACAUCGUGGACGUUCAUUGUUUAAUCCAUCUUUGACUGAACAUCUAUUGAAAAAAUUUCCAGAUCUUCGUAUUACAGCUGACUACAGUCACUGGAUUGUUGUUUGUGAACGACUGCUAGAUCCUGCUUAUAUGAAACUAUUUGCUUCACAUGUUGAUCACAUUCAUGCGCGCGUUGGAUAUGAUCAACAUGCACAGAUAUCUGGUGAUAUAAACGAUUCUCACUGGCGAGAGGAGCGCGAUAUGUUUCAACAAUAUUGGCAACAAAUAUGGGAAGAACACUUUAAACAGAAACGUCAGUUUACGUCACUAGAUCCCGAGUAUGGACCUGUUCCUUAUACACAAACAGAUCCGAACAGAAAUUAUGAGCCGAUAACGGAUGCUUGGAUAAUGGCAAAUAGUGAAUUGAAACGACAACGAAUGAAUUACGAGAAAUGGUCAAAGAGUAAAGAGAAAAACGAAUAA